AUGCGACUCUUUCUAAUCCCAAUUUCGACACGCCGCGCGUUAAUAUAUUCUCGGCCAUUGUUAAAAGACAUUCCCAAAGAACUUUCUUACUUUGAUCGGGCAACAACCAAAGUAGCGGCACAAUGGGCGAAAUGGGAAGAAGCUGAGAAGGGAUGGCAGAAACAUUUAGUCACAUGGGGAAAUCGAGUCCAACAACGUAUUCCGUUUGAAGAAUGGGGACUUCGAAGUAUUCCACCACUCAAGAAUCAACAGCGAAUUGAUGAGGCGCAUGGAACAAAGAAAAUCGACGUUCUUUACCCAGGAAAUGCCGUUCACUUGGAUAAACUACCCAGUGUGUUGCAGACGAUAGCCACUGAACGCCAGCAGUUUCAUCAGAAGAUGGCGAGGCGAUGUGUUAUUAUCGCACCGUUUCUUGCGCCAUUUGGUUUGAUUCCAGUGAUUCCAAAUAUCCCUUUCUUCUAUGCAAUGUAUCGCCUUUUCUGUCAUUAUCGGGCACUCAAGGGUUCGCAACACUUGGAAUUCCUUGUCGGAAAGAACCUCAUCAACCCGGUUUCCCUAUCUGAACUCGAACAACUAUACGCUAAACGCGUGUCAUAUGUCAUUGAUGAUACCCCAAUCGAUACCCCUCAUGCGCAAAUGGUCGACAAUAUGGAACAGAGUGAUGAGCGAGUUCUGUUGAAGUUCUCUGAUGCCAAGAAGCUAGCAACAAUAUUCCAGGCACCGGAGUUAGCAUUGGAGGCAGAGCGUGCUAUCGUUCAAGUAAGCGAACAACUUCAAGCUCGGAAAGAAGAAGAAAAGGUCAAGGAAGAAGCAAAGGAGAAACAAAAGGAUUUUGAGAAACAGAACCAAUAA